AUGAGUGACGGAUCACGAAAGUUUACUUUCAAGCCCCUGAAGAACACACCGAAGGUGACCACUCCUGUUGUUACUACUUCAGUGUCAAGCAAAACUCUGCACAGGCCACUUUUCACAUCUCCUGAGAGCUCUCCAGGCUGUAAAGAUGAAAGUGCAAUAAAAUCUUCUGCGAAGUUCCUCCCAACAGCUACGGUGACACCUCUUAGGAAAGAUAAUGAUGUUCCGAGAUCGCCAUCUCCUGACCUUGAUAUUUCCACCCAUGAGGAGUCUUUAGAACUUCCUUCACCAUCGUGGUUUGAUGAAGCUGAUCAAACCGUUAGUAGUAACCCUCCAACCAUUUAUGAAUCACCAAGUAAUAUACAAAGUUCUAUCUCAGUAACCGAAAGUAGUCGUCAUCUCCCACCAAGAACAGUGAUGAAGCCAAACAAUCCUGUUUCAUCCAUAUUCACAGCUGACCAGCGUCCUAAAGACAGUCAUCUCACCAGGAAAAUAAUGACAAACAGCACUCCCAAGGCGAACGGAGCUAUAUUGUCAGAUGAUGACAGUUGGGUCAACUUGAACACUAGCUCGUCUAGAGUUCGUUCCGUUAUAGAAAUCCCUCCAAAAUGUCCGACAAGUAAGAAAUUAACUGUCACCCCAAAGAAAACAAAUGAUCACAUAGCACAGAAAUCGACUGUGACUUCUGACUCAGGAGAAGGCGGUGUAUUUCUUCCUCUAAAGGCCGUUCAAUCUAAAUGGGAUCUUCCAACUCACUGUAGUGAUGAUUACGAUCAACCGGAUGAUGGAUCUACAGGGGAGUUUGAUGGUGAAGAUCGCUUUCCUCACUCCAAACGAAUGAUGGAAGCAUUCUCAAAGAUGUUUGGCUUACGAUCUUUCAGGCGGAAUCAACUUCAAGCCAUCAAUGCAGCGCUUUUGGGUCGUGACUGCUUUGUUAUCAUGCCCACUGGUGGUGGGAAAACAUUAGUUUUGGAUCAAGUUACAAAGCUCCAAUCACUUGGGGUUCCAGCUGCUCAUCUAACUGGUGAAGUUAGCCUAACAGAAAAAAAAAUUGCUGCCUCAGAUAAACUCAGAGCAUGCUUGAACAGUUAUACAAACGCAAACUAUUGGAUCGUUUUGUUAUCGAUGAGGCGCAUUGUGUUAGUCAAUGGGGUCAUGAUUUCAGACCAGAUUACAGAAACUUAA